AUGACAGAGCGGGAGCUCGCCGUGCACGAAGGGCGCUGGAUUGCGCGGGCCUUCGGCGAGCCUGGGGCGUGGUCGUCGCACAAGGUCCCCUUCGGCAAGAAAGCGGAGAAGCUCUUCCUGACGGUGCCGACCGCGGAGGGCGCGCUCGCGGCGUCGCGCCAGUUUGCGAUGGCCCCACACAUGGCUGGCACCCCGGGCGACCUCGCAACCGCAAAGGACUUCCUACACUUGCUCCGGACAGAGCUCGGCGCUGUCGCCCCCAUGAUCCCGGCGCAGGCCUUACCGAUCUUCGACGCUGGCUCGCACGAGUCACGCAACGCGACGCUCGGGAUCACGAUGCUCAACUCGCCGACGGCGUGGAUCGACAAGUACUUCCCGGUUAUGAACACACCGCUCGACCACAGCCUUGAGAUUAUUGGCGAAGAUGGGAGCGUCGUUUGGAAGGCAAACCUUGAGGAGGUCGCGGACGACACGGACCCCGAGGCGGGCAAGUACUAUGACACCAUCACGACAUGGCACGGGCUCAGCCGUGGAGGUACUGCGGCUGGGAAGCUCGUGUAUGCGAACUAUGGCGCGAAGGAGGACUUUGACGCGCUCGUCGCGCAAGCAGGUGUGAACAUGACCGGCGCUGUUGUGAUCACUCGAUAUGGUGGUAUAUUCCGAGGGUUGAAGGUCAAGGGAGCCCAGGAACACGGGGCUGCGGCUUGUCUUAUCUACAACGACCCUCGUGACGACGGGACUGUGACGACUGACAAUGGCUACACGCCGUACCCGUGGGGACCUGCUCGCAACCCAAAUUCGGUGCAAAGGGGCAGUACUCAAUUCUUGUCUAUCUACCCCGGAGACCCUACCACGCCUGGUUACCCGUCGUACGAGAAUAGCACACGCACCAACGGCACCAACAUCCCAUCUAUCCCCAGUCUUCCCAUCUCUUGGAACAAUGCGAAAGUUCUCCUGGAGGAGAUCAAGUCUUCUGGUUUGAACCGUACCAUCAGGGUUGUGAAUAACGUCGACGACAAGGUCAUUCCGAUUUGGAACACUAUGGGAGUCAUCCCAGGUCAUAUCAAGGAUGAGGUAGUCGUCAUUGGCAACCACCGCGACGCAUGGGUCAUGGGAGCAACUGACCCUUCGUCCGGCACCGCUUCUAUUCACGAGGUCGUUCGUGGCCUUGGACAUCUCCUCAAACGAGGUUGGAAGCCGCUCCGCACCAUCGUGAUUGCGAGCUGGGACGCGGAGGAAUACGGCCUGAUCGGCAGUACAGAGUGGGGAGAAGACUUCGCUGACUGGAUAGAUGAACACGUCGUAGCAUACUUGAACCUCGAUAGCUCAGUGUCGGGGUCGCGAUUCCGAGCCUCCGCUACGCCGUCCCUCGCGCACUUCGUGCGCUCAGCCGCCGAGGAGCUGCCUCACCCGACAAAGGCUGGAAAGACCCUCUGGGAUGCGACGAAAGACAGCGGCACGCUCUUGGGGAAUCAUACCGAUGAAGAGACACUUCGCAACUACGAGGCACAAGAAGCCGAGUUCGCUGCCUCGGGCAUGGGUGUAGGUGUUCUGGGGUCUGGAAGCGACUACACUGUGUUCGUCCAGCGCACUGGCGUUGCAUCCGGUAACGCCGCAUUUGGGCCCACCCUUCAAGAUCCAGUGUAUCACUACCAUUCCGUCUUCGACUCCCAGCGAUGGCAGGAGAUGUACUGCGAUCCUGGCUUCCACCGCCAUCUCGCGGUCGCUCGUCACCUCGGCCUGCAGACUGUGCGUAUGGCAGACUCGAUUGUUCUACCCAUCAACACUACCCACCACGCGCUUGAGCUCGAGAAGUACCUGACCAAGUAUAGUCGAGGCAUCGCUGCGAAAAGCACCCUCGACGUCGACUUCAGCAGUCUCCGCGACGCGAUCCUCAACCUCCAAAAGGCCUCCACCGCGCUUGACGUCGAAAAAGCCGCUGCGGAGCGCAAACUCCGCAAGCUCCUCCGCCGCUUCGCCCACCGGCACUUUUGGCGGCGCACCUGGAGCACCGCGCUCUGCCGCGUCCGGGCCGCCUUCACGUCCUCUCCCUGCCCACUUGACCCAACAUCAUGGGGGGUCCCCCCAGAACAGCAGGCCCAAGCCACCACCGCCCACGAGAAGGCGUUCGAGUGCGCGUCGAUGCCCACCCGCACCGGCAGCAACGGCGGCUUGCUCCCGUUCCGCCCCCGGCGCCGGCGCGCCGAGCGCGAGGCGGACGACGCGAACGGGCUCGCGGUGGAGACCGUCGCCGCGUUUGACCGGAAGCGGUUCCCGUGGCGCAAGUUCCGGAAGGCGGCGAUGCGCGUGCGCGCGGUGAACCAGAAGUUGAAGGCGUUCGAGCGCGGGUUUGUGCACGAGGACGGGAUCAAGGACCGAGAGUGGUACCGGAACUUGGACGUCGCGCCGGGGAAGUGGCUUGGUUACGGGGCGACGACGUUCCCUGCGCUCACCGAGGCAUUCACUAUCGAGAACAACGCCACGCUGGCAGAUUAUGAGGCGGAGAGGCUGCAGACACUCAUCGAGAAGCUCGUCGACGUGAUCAAGGUCUAA